UGCGCUCGCUGAGAGAGACACGCGGAACAGAAACACGGGAGAGUCUCGGAUAAAGUUUUGCAAAGUGUGAAAUCUCUUUCAGAUCAACCGGACCGACAUUCGCUUUCCUGAGUAAUACAAGAAAAAUAGCUUUCGAUGAAGAAAAAGCAACUUCUGAGAGCUGAUGUUUGGAUGUGUAGUUGAUGACGGUUGAAUCUGUGUGUAUGAGGUGUUUUGACUUCGUGAGAGAGUUUGUGUGUGAGUGUGUGUGUGUAGAGCUCCUCUUCCUCAGAGAUGAAGAUUGAGUUCGCUCCUCUGCACGUUCCUCUGCGCAGGCGCCUGCAGACAGCUGCAGUUGUGCAGUGGGUCUUCAGCUUCUUGGCUUUAGCUCAGGUCUGUCUGGCACUGUUUGUGCUCUUGUGUGUCAGUGAUUGGUGGAUUCUGGGAGCGCUGUACGCUGGUUGGCUGUAUCUGGACAGGGACACGCCCUCAAGUGGAGGUCGGAGGUCACAUUGGGUCAGAAGUUGGCGCGUGUGGACGUAUUUUCGGGACUAUUUCCCCAUCACAUUGAUAAAAACUGUGGAUCUCGACCCUCGUCAUAAUUAUCUGUUCGGGUUUCAUCCUCACGGUGUACUGGUGGCCGGUGGAUUUGGGAAUUUCUGCACGGAAGCGUCCGGAUUCUCUCAGAUGUUCCCGGGACUCACGCCGUACCUGCUGAUGCUUCCCUUCUGGUUCAGAGUUCCCUUCUUCAGAGAAUACAUCAUGUGUGGAGGGCUGGUGUCGAGUGAGAAAGCCAGUGCGAGUUUCCUGUUGAGUCGUCCAGGUGGAGGUCACGCGGCCGUAAUCGCAGUGGGCGGAGCUCCGGAGUCUCUGGAUGCGCGACCAGGAGCCGUAACGCUUCAGCUGCUGCAGCGCAAAGGCUUCAUUAAACUCGCCCUCAAACACGGAGCGUGGCUGGUUCCCGUCUUCUCGUUUGGAGAGAACGAACUCUUUGACCAGAUGGAGAACCCCGCUGGCUCCGCCCUCCGCCGCAUGCAGGACCGCCUCCAGAGGAUUAUGGGCGUGGCCAUGCCUCUCUUUCACGCCAGAGGUGUUUUCCAGUACAGCUUUGGGCUGCUGCCGUACAGGAAACCCAUACACACUGUGGUCGGACACCCCAUUCCCGUGACUCAGAAUCCGUCUCCCAAUAAAGACGACAUUGACGCUCUUCACUCGCUCUACAUGAAGGGUCUGACGCAAUUGUUUGAAGAGAAUAAGAAAAACUACGGCAUCCCAGAAGACAAACACCUCGACUUCAUUUGACCUCUGUUUAGUCUGUUUAAUGGUGUUAAAUUAUCAAUGCUGAUGAUGCAAGGAACUAAAGUUACACUACAAAGAGAAAAUACUAAGUCGGAUUAUUUUCACGACUGAUUUUGUUCAUCAGGAUCCGUCCGGAUUUGUACAAAUGAUUGCAUGUUAAUGGUCAAUUUUUAAAUGUCUACAACACUUGGAAGUAAAUGCAUUUUGGAGAGAGUGUAAACAUUAUAUAUAUUCUAGAGUGAUUUAUAUUAACUACCAUACUUUCUAUAUAGUUAAACAAUAAGAUUCUAUAGUGAACAUAUAGCAAUGCAACACAGAAAUGACUAUAUUCAUAAAAUAACACAAGCUAGUGACAUAUUACUGUUAUUAAAUGGUUACUACAUACACAAUAUAUUAAGGAUAUCAUUUUUAUUAAGCAAUUAAAUGUAGUCCUGACAGAACAGAACGAGGUUUUGCAAAUAAAACUGUGAUGCAUUUUGGGAGUUGUGCAGAUUCAUGCUUUAUUUUGUUACUGUGAUAACAGGUAUCUGUUUUAUAAUGUUUAUUAACCCUUCUACAUCAGGUUUGUCUUUCUUGUUUGUUUUUAGAGUGGGAAUAUAUUGGUGUACGAAAAUGGGAAAAAAAUAAACUGAUACUUUUUAUAACAGUA